AUGAAUUACGAAAGAAGUGUAUUAUUGUAUUCAACUCAACAUACACCGAUUAGAAAUAAAAGAAACAGGCAAUUAUUACAGAGAGAAGAUACGUUAAAUCUUUCGCCGAUACUGAAUGAAACAUCUAUUUUUAAAACUUUGAAUGAUACGAGCCUGAGACAAGUUUUAGAUGAAUCUUCAGUAUUAAUAAGUUCAGAAAACGCCGGUGAAGGUCUUACUGAAGCGUUUUUCGAAAUUGUACAAACUAGUCGUUCACACGAUGUUUUGCAUACGUUGGCGAGGUUAGGUCAAGUUUGUUGCGACUCCCUUGAAUUAGUAGAACCGUGGAACAGGUACAAUGCACAAAAUUAUUGGCUUGCAGAAGAAGCAAAUACUUGGAAACUGCUUCACUGUUUAUAUGCAGAUUCAUUAUCAGACCACCCCGAAUCUCUUGACAGUUUGAUAUCAGAAGAUGUUUUAUCUCAGAAGACUUUAGUAAGUGCUUUGUUUCAAAGUGAUUCUGAAUUAAGAUUAUUACAAUUGUUAGUAGAUUGGUUGGAAGCUACAGCUGCUUACCAAGAAGAAGCAACUAAAACGUCAGCUCCAGUUAUUGGUAACAAUAUACAUUGGGGCAAUACUCUCCAUCAGUUAUUAAUUGGUUCAAGUUUAUUUAAUAAAGAGAAGAAUAAAGCUAUGAUCACAUGUAUGGACCCAGAUGCACCAAGGCGUCAAAAGAAAUCACUGCAUUCUGAUGAUAAUAAAGAUGAUAUUGAUUUGUGCAAAAGAAUAUUCACAGAAGUUCGUUGUGGAAAAUUUAAGGAAGCAGUUUCACUGUGCAUCAGUGCUGGGCAAGCCUGGCGUGGGGCUGUAUUACAAGGCUGGGCUUUGCUUCACUACUUGCCAAGAGAAGAUAUAAAUGCUCCUUUAGAAAUAUCUGGAAAUCCAUCAAGAGAUUUGUGGAAAUGGUGUGCUCUUGGUAUAUCAAGCAAUGCAACUGAAAAUACUCAUUACAGAGCAACUGUUGGAAUUUUAUGUGGCCACCUAGCUAGUGCUCUACCGGCUUGUCAAAGUAAUUGGGAGGACUUACUGUGGGCUCAUUUAAGAAUUCAAAUUGAAGCAAGAGUAGAUAAAUUCCUACGUGAACAUCAUGCCACAGUAGAAGCUAAUACAACAUCAUCAGAUGUGCUUGACAUGUUACAGAGUGAACUUCAAAUUGAAGAACUAUCUCUCCAACAAGUGUUCAGUGCUGUUAAAUCAUUGAUGGAGGAUAAAAAGGAAUCAUAUUAUCAAACCUGUCAAAGACAUCUCAUGCUAGGCAACAUUCGAGCAAUUAUGCAGGAGUCACAACAAUGGCUUGAUAUUUCUGAAGAAAGAUUUAUAAGAUUCUUGGCACAUUUGAUUUUAAUUUUGAGACAGAUGGGAAAGGAUCCUCAACAUGAUGUUGGUGAUAAUAUUUUAGAGAAGUAUGUGACACAACUUAUAGAGCAACGAGUAGAUGGUUCUAUUGAUAAUCCAGAGCUUAUUGCAUACUAUACUUCAACUGUCCCCAUUGAACGUCAGAUUGUUUUGUAUGCUGAAUUGAUGAAUCAUAUUUACAAAAGUCAAUAUAGAGAAAGUGUUGUGAAGGCUGGAGUCAGUGCUGGAAUAGAUGUAGCAGCAUCUGCUAGGGUAGCAAUAAAGAAAGCCAUAGCUGAUAUCCAACAAGGUUAUGGAAAUUUAGACUUAACAUUUACCCAGACAACAGCAAUUGAAAAAGAUAAAAGUUUGAUAACCAAUGUGAUAUCAUCUCUGGAAUGGUUAGCUUUGAUAGCGAAUCAAUUAGAAGAAGCCCUUUGGUUAAGUAAUGCUAUGAUUCGUACAUUCAUAUUCAUAGGAAACACUGAUGCCGCUUUAGCUUGCAUCAUUAAUGUUAAUCAAAUGUUCCCAGAUUUUGUAAACAAAGUUCCCACAAACUCUUCUGAACUCAGAGAACAUCUAUGUCUAAAAGCCUACUUGGAGUCUAUUGAGAGUUUUGCUACAUGGUAUAGACAUUUCAUCAGUGGGCAACCUAAAGAUGUGGAACCUUUACCACCAGAUGCUACAUUUUCAGAUAAAGUCCAUUAUGAACAAAUGUGUGCUAAAGUAGAGGAGCAAAAAGCUCGUUGGUUAAAUGCAGUAGAACAUCAAUCUCGGUACACAAAAAAUUUGCUUUAUAAUGUACUAUUAUUCCCAGGAGGUUGGCUACAAGACGAAAACGAUUGUACUUCAUCAAAUAAUUUUAGUCAAGAUGAAAAACAAGAGAGAAUAAAGCAGCUGGAGACACUGAGACGCCUUUGUAUUCCAGAAAUUGUCAUAUUGACACUAAAAAUUUUACAAAGUGGCGAUGAUAUUGCAAAUCACAAAGAGGCUCUUAAAUUAAGCAAUUUAAUUGCUGGGGAAAAUAGGUGUCUCUACAAAGUGUUUACAAAGUCUAAGCUUUUAGAGGUAUUAGAUAGAUUGAAAGAGUCUUCUCUUUUGUUGCUGGAGAAAGGAAGGGAUAUGUUUGGUUAUGAAAUAAUUGAUGAAUAA